AUGCUACCCUCAGAAUCCUUCUCACUCGCAAAUACAGACAUUCGAGUCCCAUCUCGUGGUCUAGGUACAUUUCAGGCAGACCCAAAAGUUUACCCUGCUGGCUCCGUCAAAGACUCGGUAUUGCAGGCUUUGAGGCUAGGAUGUCGCCACAUUGACGCCGCUUUCGCUUAUGAAUGGGGGUCUGUUGAGAGGGAAGUUGGGGAAGCGAUUCGUGAAAGUGGGAUAUCAAGGGAAGAGCUCUUCAUUGUUACGAAGCUUCAUAAUUGCUUCCAUAAGCCUGAGGAUGUUGCGAUAAAUAUGAGUAUGAGUUUGAAAAACUUGAAUCUUGACUAUGUUGAUUUAUACCUUAUGCAUUUCCCAUAUGCAUAUAAAUCAACCGAGGGCUACGGUACUCAACGAACUUCAGAUGGAAAGCCCGUUGUCGACAUACCACUUUCUCGAGCCUAUGGUUCUACUUGGGCGGCGAUGGAGAAGCUUGUCGACACUAGAAAAACAAGACUCAUAGUCCAAAAUUGGAGCGACUACUCAAAACAGCAAAAAUAUACCCUGCCGUCAACCAAGUCGAGAUCCACACAUAUUUUCCCCAAAAAGGUCUUGUCGAGUUUUGUCAGUCUAAGGGGAUUCACGUUACUGCGCAUUGCCCGCUUGGGGGGGGCACUCAUCCCGGCAAUCACCGGUCGGCAAGGUCCUGGGCCCCUUGAAGAUCCAACAAUCAUUGAAAUAUCUCGGAAAUACCACAAAACGCCAGCGCAGUUGAUGCUCUGCCAUACCAUCUGCCGUGGUAUAUCUGUUAUCCCCAAAACGAACAACCCGAAGCGCAUUGCAGAGAACUUCGAUGUUUUAUUCCAAAUUUCCGAGAAUGACUUUAACACUCUCGAUAACCUCAUGGGAGAGCGCGGAGAAUUGGGGAUUCGGAACCUUCAAACAAGGGAAUAUCUUGGGUUUGAUAAUUUCAACGAAGAGAUAGAGGAGCCGUGA